AUGGGCAGGUUCUAUAAUAAUGUCAAUUAUGCCAAUGAGGGAGCAUGGAGGUAAAACCAAACUUCCUGCUAGACUGCAACACACGAUGUAGAAUAUUUUCAUUUAACCUGGAAAGGCUGUAUGGUCUCGUACACCCUAGGAAUAAUACCACAAGAGAAGCAAUUCUGGUUCUCUAGAUGACUACGUCAAAGUUUCUCUGUAGUUGUUUAUCAUUACGUUAUUAUUGAGUUAAUCAUGCUGCGUUACGCACAAAAAGAUGCGCACUAGUCGUUUCAAAGCCCGAAGCCAUCAUAUUCUGACGCUAGUAAUGCCACCAAAAUGUCGGUUAUUCGGGUAUAAGCUUGGUAUACUUCAUAAUACCGUUAGCAAUUUGAAUAAAGGAAUUAUUAAAUUUGGUCCUGUUAUAGUAAUCUAUGGUCCUCGUACGAUUGUACCACAAGUUCUGGAGCCGCUUCUAAGACUCAUACAUAAACAAUUGACAUUAAUUUAGAACCUACCCAUCUAUUAAAGUAAUAUAAUACAAUUUUUUGUUUAUGGUCGAUACGAUCCCGACGAAUAUUGAUUCCCUUUAGACAAUAUAGCCCUUCUAAUACUUUUUGAAAGUAUUUCCACCCGGAUACAACCGUCGGAAAAUUUAUUUCCGGUCAGUUUUAGCCAAAAUUUGGAAGAUUUUCUAAAGUUGCCAAAAGCUACCGUAUGACCGGUAGUUACAGUAAUCUUUUCACAUCAGCAAUGAAUAGCAGUAGUGAUAUUAACAGACUACAGUACCAAUAGAUCCCCGCCUGCCACCACCGAGGAGAAAAAUCCGGUGGCUCUAUCAUUUUGACGCGUCGACCGAGGGGGAAGGUCCGAAUUUUUUGAUUUUUUUGGAUUGGGCGCCAUGGCUAGUCCUAAGUUAUGGUGGUGAUAGUAUGGGUCCAUCAUGUAAUUGCAUAUAUGCAUUAUGCCGGAUUGGCCCACCUAACCAUAAAAGAAUAAAUCCAGAAAAACUGAGUUUCUCUAUCAUUUUGGCGCGCACUGUAUAUAUUAUAGCAUGUAUAUGGAUUCGUUAGUUUAUAUGUCAAUAUUUCAAGAAGAAUUGUUAAUUUAAUUUAUGAAGAUUGCAAAUAAAUAAUAUUAUAUAUAAACCAAUUUACCUGAAUUUUCAAGCCAGAGAGCUGUGUUAUAACAAUCCCCGAAGGCACAAACACCAUGAACAGAAGCACCACGUGGCAAUAUGAAUUGUAUUUUUAAUUCAUCUUGAAAAUUCAAAAUUUUGUUCUAGUGGUUUGAAUGCAGUUUUACGCAUUUCAAGAAUGCUCUAGAAAUCAGCAGGAUACGUCAUGAUAAUGAGGGUCGGUUCAAGGACUGCUCGGAAUAUACUGGAACGUCGCGACUCUUUCUGGCAACCACACCGCGGCAGCUGAUAUUUACCGAUUAGAAUCGCGAUUUUUCUACCGUAAACUACGUAGUAUAAAAGAAAUUUCGCAGUGGAAACCCCAUGGUACAGACAUGCACACCAAUCUAUUGAAUUCAUCUACCGCUUCCAAAGUUAUCGGAGUUUGUUUUCAAAAAAUGGUAUCUGGACCUCUAAAAAUGUCUGGUUGUCCUUAUUUAUUUCCUGUUGUAAGCAAGGUUCUUUAACUGUGUCGCAAUGAAUUUUGCGCCACAAAAAAAGACUACGCACUUUCGAAAAAGCAUAGUAGUCAUGUCCAUAAAUGCGUCAAGCAUCAAACGACCACAUAAAAACAUGAUGCGCUUGGCACAUUACCAUAUAUUUUUACGUAAGGCAAAAAAGUGUGUUCACCUCAACCCUACGCUGUUGUUUUCAACGCUGCCUUUCUAAAAAUUUGUAAUGUGGGACCAUCUAAAAGAUAUUUUUGAAAACAUAGCUACACCCACAAUAAUUCUGGCCGUCAUCUCGAUAAUCGGAAUCUUUGGAAACCUGAAUGUUGCGUGGGCUGGGGUUCGCAAAAAGUGCGUUUAUUUUGUUAUCAGUCUGUCGGGAAAAUAAUGUCGAUUUGUCGCAGGAAAAUGUCGUUGAAGUGAAAGCAAUUUAUCUUUGCCGCAAAGCAAUUUAUUUUCUCUGGGACGAUUCAAUUUUCGAUGCGACAGAGUGCUCAUUAUUUUCCCGACAAACUGAUACAAAAUUUUUUUUUCAAGUUUAGGUCCUUACGUUCGAGUUGCAACAUCUUGAUCACCAUCACCGCAAUUGCCGACGUCAUUCAUCAUUGUGGCCAUCUACUUUGGGCGUAUCUGUACUUCAAUGACAUACAGACGAAUUUAUUUCAAUGCUUCCAUAUUCAGAACCUCCCCUUCUCCGGCGCACAUCUUGGCUGUAUUAUGUUGCUGAUCAUUGCGGUUGACAGGGUUUUCUGCAUGACCAAGCCAAUUGCGUAAGCCACUCUUUUAUUAGUGUUUUCAUAUCAGUCUGUCGGGGAAAUAAUAUAUGAAUUUGUCGCAGGGAAAUGAUGGCUUCGCCGCAAUCCGGACCAAGACUCCAGCCACGGCUAGCCAUCGUAAAGAAAUGAUAGGCGAGUCCAAGGCAUGACCAAUCCACAUCAUUUUCAUGACAGACUGAUAAAACUGUUUUAACUUUUGCGAAUUUGUGCUGCAUAUCAUCGAGAGGAACCCCUCGCGACGGGUUCCUCUCGACGAGGGGUUCCUCUCCACGAGGGGUUCCUCUCAACAAGGGGUUCCUCUCGACGAGGGGUUCCUUUCGAUGGCAUUCGUCAAGAAUCAUGGCGUAAGCGACAGCCGAAAAAGCCACUUGCACCGCGCAAAGUUAACGUUUGUUUUCGCACAGUGCACUGGAAACAUACACUGCAGUGUAUGGCGGGGGCACAUUUGCGGGCAACCGGCACUUGAGGAUAACAAGGUGGAGGUGGAAAAAUUACUUCGAUAUUUUGGAAGUUUUCCGACAUUUGCGGGCAGGCAAUACUUGCGGGAAGCCGACAUUUGCGGGCAACAGUUCCAAAAGUACCAAUACAGUCUGUGUGAUUGUUUUUCCUGUUGCCCGCAAAUGUCGGCUGCCCGCAAGUGUCGGUUGCCCGCAAAUGUCGGCAAAUUUCCAAAAUAUCGCAGUAAUAUUUCCACCUCCACCCUGUUACCCUCAGGUGCCGGUUGCCCGCAAAUGUCGGCUGCCCGCAAGUGUCGGUUGCCCGCAAGUGUCCCAGGCUGCCCGCAAGUGUCUCAGCUGCCCGCAAAUGUGACCCCCCAAAUUUUGCCCGCAAAGUGGUUGCCCGCAAAAAAUUUGCCCGCAAACUGGUUAAGUGAUCAUUAUUUAUUUUCCCGACAGCCCGAUACCUGUUUUAAACUUACAUCGCCCCCUUAAAUUCUUCGAUUUCAGUUACCAGGGCCUCAACAAACUCUGUUAUAUCACGACUCUAAUGCUCUUCGCUUUCACCUUGCCCAUCGGACUCGGUUACUACGCCUACAAUCGUAUGUUAUUGAAUCAGACAGCGCCUGCAAUCUGCAUGGUUGCCGGUGGAUAUGACGACGAGUCGCUUGGGCUUGUCUUCGAAGUUUAUCUCGGCCUAUCAAUCGUCACGCUGCUUGCUUACGGCCUUAUAUGGCUGAUAGUGAGGAUGAGGAGGUACUCCAAAUCUCGACAGUUGCUUCGGUCGGUCACUGUGGUCAGUCUGUGCGUGGUUGGUGGGUGGUUCAUCAGCAUGGUCCUAAUGAAUGCCAUGCCAUUUAUGGGCGUCACGGUCAACACUCUGAACAGCAUGUACGCGGGAUUCGCGUUGAAUUUGAGUGUGGCGCUGAAUUAUUUCAUCUACUAUGCCAUGAAGUGAGUUUUUGCUUGAUACAUAUUUUAUAUAUAUGUAAGAUGAAGGCGUCAAAUUGUCAGCCUGUCGGCAAAAUAAUGAGUAUAAUUUCGCUGCGCCGAUAGUGUCGCUAAAGUGAAAAGCAAUUUGAUAUUGUCGGGACGAUUCAUUUUCCCGUCGGCGAUUCGAUUUACGUUGCAUAAAUGCUCAUUAUUUUCCUGGCAAGUAUCUUACAAUAAUGUAUUGCUUGUUUUAGCCGCGAAUACCGCUGUGCCUUCAUUGAGCAGAUCCGGAUUAUGACCUGUGGUUGUGUCGACUGCCGAAGUUCCAAAAUCGGAGAUUCGAAUGCACAGUCAACAAGGCGAAGUGUAAACAGUCACACUGAAAGCUUAUAA